AUGAAAAUCAGGAUACCUAAAAACUCCACCGAUAGUGGCAGAAUAGAUCCCUCCGGAGUUCCUAAGUUGUUGAUCAAUCCAGAAUUUCGAGCAAGAAACUUAGAAAUGGAUGUUUUAUCUCUCGCCCCCGAUGAACAGGAAGAGCGAGAAUUUUUGGCGUCAUUGUCUGAUCAGGAGUCGACUUUAGGACCCGAUUCUGAUGCCGAUUUGCCCCAUAGUCCUCAAAAGAGACUAAAGUCUUCAGCUGACAACAACAGGCCUUCGUAUGUGAAAUACUUUCCUGAAACAAGCACUUUACAAAACACAAUGAAAGAAAAUGUAGAGUGUCAAAGUUCUGAUGUUUUGUCCAAGCUAUUUGGGAGUUCAGUGAACGACGAUGUGCAGAAAGUUGGACCGAUUUUAGACAAGUCCAAGUCUGACACCCUAUCGAAAUCUUGGAGAAGCCAAAAUCCGGAUCGGUUUACAGCAUAUAAAGAAGAAUACCGUAGCUGCUUUCCGGUUCAUGAACUUUCAGAGCAGUUUUUGAACGUCCCUAGCUUAGAUGACAUAUGUGAGCCUAUGUUAAGGCGUAAACAUGCGACAAAGAGCUUCAAGGGAUGGGGAUCGACAAGACGUCUUCACUCCCAGCCGUUCAAAUCUAUUGAGACUUUAGCUUACCAUGGUCAAGUAGCCUCUAAAUUUGGUAUUAUCUCAAUUGCAUAUUUGCAACAGGCUCUUGGUACCUUUAUGAACAAUUUUAACAACGACAAAAUGACCAACGAUCAAGCGAUUGCCUCAAUUAAAGAUAUGUAUGAAAUAUCAACAAAAGCCAUGGACCAAAUGGGUGAUAUGGCGCCUUCCAUCAUAUGA